AGUCUAGUUUUUUAAGUAACGAUUGUUUCCUACCAAUUUAAUUUUUGUAAAAAAUAUAUAAUGAAAUAUGUGUAUUGAAACAAGCAUUGAGAUUUAUCAUAUACUAACAUUACAAAAAUUUAAAUAAACAUUCAUCGGAUAAAAUUAAUUAUUCACCACAGACAUUCCACCUCGAAGAUUCUAACUCCAGAUCAAACGAACUUGAUAAAAUUGAUUAAAUUUCAAAAAAUUCCAAAUCCUCGAAAUUCUUUCUCGACUCGAAAAUACAAUCGGGCGAAUAUUGGGACGAAAUAAGGAAGAAGUAAUCGAAUAAUAAUUCGAGGGUGAAAUAACACGAUCUUGCCCUCAAAAAAAAAAAAAAAAUGGCCGACGUUGGGAAAAUAUCUGCCAUGAGAAUAGCAAUGUCUUACGGCCCAGAACUGAGUUUCUUGGUGCUUCUUCGUAUCCUGAUCGGUAUGUACAGGUCGGAUAUCAUCGACCACGAAUCGAGGGUGAGGCCAACCCUGGCCCCUCAAAGUAGUUACGAUUUCGUGAUAGUCGGGGGUGGCUCGGCCGGCUCGGUGCUGGCCAACCGAUUGUCGGAGAAGAAUAAUUGGACGGUGCUGCUGCUGGAGGCGGGUGCCGACGAGCCAGACUUCUCCGACGUCCCCUCGAUAUUCCCCGUUCUUCAACUUACCCCCAUGGAUUGGCAAUUCAAGACGGAACCCUCGGACAAUUAUUGCAAAGCGAUGAGAGCCCACGAGUGCAACUGGCCGCGUGGCAAGGUACCAUAAACAAUAUCGAUCACGAAAUUGAUUAUUCACGACAAAAUAUAUAGAAAUAGGAUUUUCCAAAUCGUUGAAAUUUUACGAAUUGGAAUUGAAAAUUGGAGGGAAUUUUUUUAGGAAUUAUUCACGAAGAGAUUACGCUGGUAUCUCGUCGUUCGAGUAUGCCGAAGUAUGCCAGAUUAUGUAAUUCGCACGCGCCAAGUGAAAAUAGAAAGUUAUUCUAAUUAAGAAAGUAGAUACGCGUCUAAUUUGUGAGAUAAUACUCUUAGACCCAGAUGAAAACAAAUCUUAUUCCGAUUCGAAUGAUUCGUACAUUAAAAAUCACCGAUUAAUAAGAUUCUUCAAACAAAUCAUUUAAUAAUACACCCUCGAAAGGAUAAAGAAUCGUUUAAAUCAUUCAAACAAGAGAAUCACACUCUGUCAGCAAUCGAAUAUUCCAACAAAUUAUUCAUCUAUACAUCCAGGUGCUGGGUGGAAGUAGCGUAUUGAACGUGAUGCUGUACGUUCGUGGGAACAAAAAGGAUUACGAUAACUGGGAGAGGAUGGGCAACAAAGGAUGGAGUUACGAGAACGUGCUACCCUACUUCAAGAAAUCGGAGGACAUGAGGAUCGAGGAGUAUCGAGACUCGCCUUACCACCAGACAGGUGGACACCUGACCGUCGAAUACUUCCAUUAUCGGUUGUCCAUCAUCGAUCAUCUGAUGAAAGCAGGGGCGGAGAUGGGGUACGACAUCGUCGACGUAAAUGGAGCGAGGCAAACCGGGUUCACCUAUUCCCACGGAACACUGAGGAAUGGAUUGAGAUGCAGCGC